AACAGCGUGUGUCUCUCUCUGAGCUCUUGUUUGAUAUGGUUUGACUUAUUCCCCUCCUGCAGGACUUGCUGGAGACCCACGCAAACCGCACGAUCAACAGCCAUGGAUGCGUAUUCCCUUUGAGCCACAGAGAGAGAGAGAUCUGUGCAGCAUUCACUUGGGAAUUGUAGCUGUUAAGGUGGUUUGAUUUCUUGCUGGCUCGCCUCUACCGCCUUAACUCCAGAGUUUUAGUCUCGCUGGACGAUGCCUGGACCCAGCCGAGGGGAUGAAGUGGUGAGGGGACCUGUGGCAUGAGGCCGGGACGGAUGAAGUGGUGAAGGCGCACCAAGGCUGAAACUGCGUUUUUCCUCAGACCUCUGAAGCGGAAACUGUUCAUGUCUGCACGCUGGACCAGAAUAUAUUAUAAACUACAAUAACUCGACUCCCCAGGUUGCCUCAUUACAUCAAACUACAUGAAUAUACAGUCCAAAGAGACUUAAUGUGAGAUAACGCAAAGAAAAAAGUGGCUCCGAAGUGGUGUUGCGGCUCCUCGUCCCCGGCGGAUCCGGAGGUUGGAGUCCCCGCCCCGGGAACCGGAGGGGGAACCGGAGGGGGAACCGGGGGAACCGGCGCUGCAGCCGCCGCGCUGCAGCCUCCCAAGAGCGGCCGCGUCAAGAGGAUGGUGCGCCUGGCCGCGGAGCUGCUGCUGCUCCUGGGACUGCUGCUGCUCACCCUGCACAUCACCGUGCUGCGCAGCAGCCCGCUGCCCCAGGGGAACGGGACCCUGAGCCCCGACCAGGACACGGCGCCUGCAGAGAGGAAGAAUACGAAGGCAAGAAGCAGCUCUUCUGUCCAUCUGGCUUCUGAAGACCAGAGGUCCGGUCCAGGGCACCGGCUGGCCCACCAGCCUGCCAACCUUCCCUGGUCACAAGGCGGCGGCGUACGGGGCGACGGGGCCGGCGCCUUCCUCCUAGACCUGCACAACUUUCCCGACCUCUCAAAAGCCGACAUCGAUGGGCAGAAUCCCAACAUACAGGUGACAAUCGAAGUGGUGGACGGACUGGAGAGCCACGAGCCAGAGAAAGGCCUCCGUAAGGAGAGCAAGCCCAACUGGGCCUCUCCCAACUGGAGGAACUGGUGGCCGCACACUUCCUCGUCCUCCUCUUCCUCCUCUCAUCAGACAGAAGAGCGCCAUCGCUCCUACGGGGGCAAAACCGAGGACAGCAACUUCCUCAGGCCACCGGCUGACUGGGACAGGAGAGGAAGUAAAACUCAGACUGAAUACGACUAUAUGGACGGUGAGGGCGACUGGAGUACCUGGUCAGCGUGCAGUGUCACUUGUGGAAAUGGCAACCAGAAGAGAACCAGGUCCUGCGGUUAUGCCUGUACAGCCACAGAGUCCAGGACUUGUGAUAUGCCCAACUGCCCAGGGUUUGAAGAUGCCUUCAAGACAGCAGCUACAGAAGUGAGCCUGUUAGCUGGAACAAAUGAGUUCAAUGCUACAGAGCUAUUUGGUGUUGACACAGACAGCUGCGAGCGAUGGAUGAACUGCAAGAGCGAUUUCUUGAAGAAGUACAUGACCAAAGUGGCCAACGACCUUCCCAGCUGCCCUUGCACUUACCCGACAGAGGUGGCCUACAGCACGGCAGACGUGCACGACGCCCCCACCCGCCGGGACUUCCGUUGGAAGGACGCCAGCGGGCCCAAGGAGAAGCUGGAGAUCUACAAGCCCACGGCCCGUUACUGCAUCCGCUCCAUGCUGACCCUGGAGUCCACCACUCUGGCCGCGCAGCACUGCUGCUACGACGACAGCAUGAAGCUCAUCACUCGCGGAAAAGGCGCGGGCACCCCCAACCUCAUCAGCAUCGAGUUCUCGGCCGACCUGCACUACAAAGUGGACAUCCUGCCCUGGAUCAUCUGCAAAGGAGACUGGAGCCGCUACAACCAGGCCCGGCCGCCCAACAACGGUCAGAAAUGUCCGGAAAAUCCUCAGGAUGAGGACUACUACAAACAAGUCGAAGAAGUGAGGGAAUUCUAGUCUGCUUUAGAUGGAAAGGACCAAAACAACAGACUGCUUUCAUUUUUAGCUAAACCUAAAAGAAAGAAAAAAAAAAAAAGGUCAGGUAACAUUUGACCUCGUAGGCUCUAAGGACAGAUUCACAGCUCAUUUGAACAGAGAAGAAUACGAAUCCAGCAGUUUUUAGACCCCUUACAUGCUCACAUGCAGCUUUUCUCAACUUCAUCAAAGCCAGGCACAGAAUGUUGUUUUGUUUCUUUUUUUAUACGCCUCAGAUAUUUUAACCACUAAUUGCACUGCAAUGUGUUUCUUAGAUUUGGUCACUAAAGGGAGGAUUGACUUCAUAUUCUUAAAAGGGAAAAUUAUUAUUCUAGAAAUGUACAUUGAAAUCGUGUCCAAGGUCGGCUCUGUAGGUUAUUUAUGUUUGGGGAAUCUUAGAGGCGGAGUUUUCCUCACGUCCUCAGUGACAAUAACCAUGUUUAAUGUAAGCUUGCGAGUAUGUUUAUUUAGCAUGCACAUCUUCUUUUUUUUUUUUUUUUUUGUUUCCCCCCUUAAUUUUCAUCCAUUUAGUCCUGUCAUUACGCAGUCCCCCUUUGUGUCUCUGAGGCAGUUCUUCACUGUAAAAAGCCUGCAUUUAUUUUUGUAAAGUAUUUAUUAAGUUGUAGCUGUGUCCGGGUCGGGUCUCUGUGACGGUGGCUUCUCGUUCACACAUGGCUGAACUUGAGCUUCCUCUCCGGUUCAUACAUGUUAUUGUGGACAUCCACGUCUCAAGGUAAGAUGAAAUCACAAUAGAGCGCAAAGAAUGUGUGAAUUCAACUAUAAGGAAAGAGUUUUGAGAUAUAUAACUAUGAAUAAAUUUUUUCAAACUCAGUG